AAUCUUUGAUUUUUCUGAUUCAUUCAUCAGAUGAGAUUAUUUUCUAAUUUGGAAAAAUGUAUCUAUCUAUAAGUGGGAAAAAAUUCAGAUUUUCAAUUAUAAAAUUGCUGCAGAAAUAGGUAAGUAUAUGUGGCUAUGAUCCGGCACAACUCGAUUCUGGAAAAAUGGUCCUUAAUGGCUGCAGGCAGCAGAACGAUUGAAAACCUGCCUUCAGCCAACUCAGCGCGUUGAGAUUAUGGUUGGAAUUAAAUUUUAGCUCUCCAACUUCAUUGUGGAAAAUUUUAUGGAAAUAACUCCAAAAAAUCUGCUGGAGUCUUCAGAACUGCUCAAAAUUUGAACCAUUUUUUUUUUGAAAAUUUUGGAACCAAAAAAUAUGUACUAUUUCCGAUGUGCAUACUCGAAAUUGCGCCCAACCCCUAUAAAACUGGUCUUGUGACUAGAAAACCCGAUUCCUACAGUUGUAGCUUUCCAUUCACAAUUUUCGAUCACUUUUAGACCAUUUUUUGAUAAUUUUGGGACCAGUAAAUUACCCUUUUGGAUGCGCAGACUCGAAAUUUUGCGCCAAAACUCUUGGAAAUAAGACAUGUGAUCGAAAAAUGCUAUUCCCAAGACGUACGCUGCGUCCCAAUCAUAUGUUUUGAUCACUUUUGGGCAAUUUUUUGAAAAUUUUCAGCCUAAAAAAUGAUUGCACCAAAACCCUAUAAAAAUUGUCUUGUGACUGAGAAAGCUGAUUCUCAAAGUAGCAACCACUCAUUCACACUUUUCGACCAUUUCUUCUGAACAAUUUUUUGAAAAAAAGUAAAAACCAUAAGUAUAAAAAAGUCGUAGCAGUCUGCCGCUACGUAAGAGCCAAAUUUUUGUGCAAGAAACAUUGAGGGCUCUUGAACUACUCGCACCCUCGCUUCGCUCCUGUGCUUCGACUGCAUUUGGGGGGACGUUGACCCCCUACACCCCCCAUGGGCUUCGCCCAAAUCACUCCUUCCGCGAUUUCUUUCUUAUGUUAGCGGUCCCCCCUGCACCCCCCUUGGGCUUCGCCCAACUCUCUCCUUCCGCUGUUUCCUUCCUAUAUUCGCGGCCGUCCCCCCUGCACCCCCCUCGGGCUUCGCCCAACUCUCUUCUUCCUCCUUCAAAAAAUGUGGUAACAAACAUGUCUUGACCCUGAAACAGGUUUGAAACUGGAAAAAAGCACUUCGGGUACAUCCUCCAACUGUACUGUGAAAAUUUGAGCCAUCUAGGUCAAUUUGGAGGGGCUGUAGGCUUGGCUAAAGGUCAAAAUUUUCAAAAAACACGUAAAAUCAAUGAAAAUAAUCCACUUUUUGUCCCUGGAGAGGGGUCAAAUGGGGUUGGAAGGUUGAAACCUGCAAAAGGCACUUCGGGUACACCCUCCCAAUGUACUGUGAAAAUUUGGACCCUCUAGGUCAAUUUGGAUGGGCUGUAGGUCUGGCUAAAUGUCAAAAAACACGCAAAAAUCCACUUUUUUGAUCCUGGAGGGGGGUCAAAUGGGGUUGGAAGGUUGAAUCCUGCAAAAAGCAUUCAAGGGGCACCUUCUUAUUGUAUGCUGAGAAUUUGGACCCCCUAGCUCAAUUUUAGGGGUGAGGGGGUCGAAAAUAGGGGGAAAAUGUGGUUUUUCCCAACUAAAAUGGAGUGGGGAUGACCUAGGAAGCUGAAAUUUGGAUAUGUUGAUCACAAUAGGGGUACUGACCAAUGGUAUGAAUUUGGACUCUUUUCAUUCAUUUGGGGUCAAAUUAUGCCCCUCCAAAAAAUGACCUUUCUGUAAAAAUGGGGUUGGACAGUUGAAACAUGCAAAAGGCACUUUGGGUACAUCCUCCCAUUGUACUGUAAAAAUUUGGACCCUCUAGGUCAAUUUGGAGGGGCUGUAGGCUUGGCUAAAUGUUGAAAUUUUCAAAAAAACACGUGAAAUGGAUGAAAAAAUCCACUUUUUUGACCCUGGAGAGGGGUCAAAUGGGGUUGGAAGGUUGAAACCUGCAAAAGGCACUUCGGGUACAUCCUCCCAAUGCACUGUGAAAAUUUGGACCCUCUAGGUCAAUUUGGAGGGGCUGUAGGCUUGGCUAAAUGUCAAAAAACACGCAAAAAUCCACUUUUUUGACCCUGGAGAGUGGUCAAAUGGGGUUGGAAGGUUGAAACCUGCAAAAAGCACUCAAGGGGCACCCUCUCAUUGUAUGCUGAAAAUUUGGACUCCUAAGGUCAAUUUUAGGGGUGAGCGGGUCAAAAAUAGGGGUAAAAUGUGGUUUUUCUCACUUAAAAUGGGGUGGGGAUGACCUAGGAAGCUGAAAUUUGGAUAUGUUGAUCAUAAUGGAGGUACUGACCUAUGGUAUGAUUUUGGACCUUUUUCGUUCAUUUGGGGCCAUAUUAUGCCCCUCCAAAAAAUGACCUUUCUGUAAUUUUUAACUUUGACCCUCCCCACUGCAGGGGUCAACUCUAGCUCCCAAAAGAACCCUAUUCUCCAAGUUUUAUCUCAUUUCAUUCAUUAGAACGUCUCUUGAUUAAAAAAGUAAAUAAUUCAAGUUUCGGUGAAACUUCUAUAUACCUAAACAUAUAUCUAUAUGGAACCACUGAACUCUAUACUCUUACACUGGAACGCUUACGAUACCACGUGACCCGAUCGAGCGCGUUAGAAAGAGACAGAUAUAUGUUUGGGAAGUUUCUGUCCUUUUUCAAUUCGUUAUCACUAUGGCCGGAGAUAGCUGUUGAUGAAUUUUUAUAUAAUUUUUGUUCUCGGAAACAUAAAAAUUGAGGUUUAAAUACGAUUAUAAUGAAAAGUAACUUGUCAAAAUUCUGCUACUUACGUUCUUUUUCGUAAAUUGUACAAUGUUAUUUGAUUUUACGUAAGAAUACAGUUGUGUGUCAAGUGCUUCAUUCUCCAACUUCGCUUUCUUGAAUCAUGAAUGUUGAUAUUGAAGUUUACGAAUAAUAUAUUCACGAAUUAUAUACGAAGAAUGGUGCAGUUUUGUUGUGCAUUCAACUGUUCCAAAAGCAGUGAUACGAAUCCAGAACUGAUUUUUCAUUCCUUUCCGAAUGCUGAAAAGGAUAAGGAACGCCGACAAAAAUGGAUUCAUGCAAUCAGACGAAAGAAUUGGCAGCCAGGAAAAUAUACAAGGCUGUGUAGUGAACAUUUCCUAGCUUCAGAUUACGAUCCACCUGUGGUAUGCGGAAAAUUACGUUUAAAAAGUACUGCCAUACCUUCCGUCUUUGAUUAUCCUGAGCAUUUACAACCUAAGAAAGUUUCCGAGAGGCGACCUCUGAUACGACUCGCAGCCAAUUUAGUUGAACCUGAUAUCGAUCACUCAAUGAAGCCUCAAACUCAAACUCAUUCAAUAACUGCACGAGACGAAGAAUGCACGAGUACUUUUUUACAAUUGAAUGAAAUUGGAGACUAAUGUUUUCUUCAUAUUUCAAAUCCAGAACUCCAGAAGUUAUUCAUUUUCCAAAUCAAUAAUCAUUUAUGAAUAGGUUGAACCUAAUUACAGUUGAGUUUUGAGGGGGAAAAAUGAACUUAGAUUAUUUUUUAACUCAUUUAUUUAUUUAACUAGCUGUGAUAAGAUAACGGAUACAUUUCAUUUUUUAAAAUUGAAUGAAAUCGGAGACUAAUGUUUUCGUAAUAUUUUAAAUCCAAAACUCUAGAAGUUGUUUAUUUUCCAAUUCAUUUUUAUACAUAGGUUGAACCUAAUGGAAAUCAAGUUUUGUGGGGUAAAAUGAACUCAGAUUAUUUUUCAACUCCUUCAUUUAUUCAACUGUGAUACGAUUACGGAUAUAUUUUAUUUUUAUUCUUCAAAAAUUUUCAAUCAUGUACCUGUUUUCCUUUUUUAGUCACUUUUUCAUGUACUCUACGCAGCUGCAUAAUAAUUUCAUUUAUUUAUUAUAAUAUAUAGAAUUGCUGCAAAAUUCAAAUA